UCUCGAGUGUCUGUCGACUCACCCAAUAACCGAAUGCCAUUUUCCAUUCUCCCUCUCCCUCUCCCUCUCCCUCUCCACCGCACAGUAGUUCCAUCUCCCUCACUACAGCCACCACACCAACUCUUCCUCCCCAGUUCUUCGCGCCUUCACAGCAGCUCCAGCAGCCACGCGCAGUGCCUAAAACACCACCACACUGCCACGCUGGUCGUAGCCACAAUCGUACGCAGCAGCUGCACGUUUGAUUGAUAUCCCAGUUGGUUUAGUUCCCGAAGGCAUUGAUCAUUUGUAUAUGGUUGUUGUACGGGUGUAUGAUGAUACUUUGCCAUUGGGCGCCGGCAUGGACGUCUCCGCCCUUGGUUGAGGUGUUACCAUGUGGGUCUUACAAACUCUAAUUGGUGGCCUCUUGUACAUGAAAUCAGAGAAGAGAAGGAAGAUAGUGAAGGCAUUGAGAAGUACAUUGAAAUGGGAAGUAGAUAGAGUUAAUACUCACAUAUUGAAAUGUCACCUCCAUCUUGUGGCUAUUAUUCUAAUAUCGAUUGUUGGUUAUAUAGAUAAUAUGUUGUUAGCUACUAUCUUGUACUGUUAGUUUUUAAUGUUGAUGGCUUGUCUUUGAUGGCCCUGCUAUGACACGUUUGUCUUAUGAUCUUAUGUUGAGUAGUGGAGAUAUCAAAGAUAGACCUUACUUGUGAUGGAGCUCAUUUGCAUUGCAUACAGAGGGAAAUGAGUGAGAAUCUUGAAGUGUGCUAUAAUCUUAUUAUUAUUUACUCUACAUGUAGUUUCUUUUUAUUUAAGUUGUUUAUGUUUUGGGUUCGAGGCACAUGUUCUCCUUUUGUGUAAUUCGGUUUGUGCUGAAAAGUUUUAGUUUGAACGCCUUUUGAUAUUUUGUUAUUGUAGUUUGCAUGACUUUUGAUAUUUGGUUAUUUUCUUGAAAACCCAAGUGUUUGCACGAGAACCACGAUUCAUGUUUACAUGCUGAUUUGGAGAAGUCCUCAAUGAGUCAUUCCGCUAUGAGAUUUUGUUACAAGGCUGAUGAUGCUCUUCUUUAUUAUGUUUUGUUGAUCAUUUUCUUUGUUCCAGUAUGUCCAACUUUAGGGCGGAUGUUGCCGACAUAUCCUCACGAUCUUUUUCGGAAAUUUCCUACUUUAAUUAAAACAUUCAAACUACAACCUUUUUCCUUUUCUUUAUUUAUUUUAUAUUUUAUUUUUAAUGUAACACCCAAAUUUCCUCCGUUCCCUUGCGGUUUUAGUUUUGUAUACAAUGUCAGAAAUUCAGGGGUGUUACACAAAUGGUCUUUUAUAAUCCCUGAGAUCAUUUAGCUCAGGAUACACUACCAAUGUCCAGUGAAUUGGGACAAAGGUGAUGAAAGGUUUAUUCUUAGAGGCGUCAUCCUUGAAGAGGCUCUGGAAAAGUUUCAGGGUUUAGGGAAGCUUUAUAUAUUCGCGGGUCCAGAUAAAGGAUAAAAUCUUUCUGGUUGCCUGAGGUUGGAGCUGGUUUAAAGAGAUCCUGACGCGAGGCAAGAUUUGUGAGAAGAAGAGAUGAAGAGGAAAGCGGAGCCUAAAGGCAAAAUGGUAGAUUUUUAUCGGGAUGAAGAUGUCAUCCUCCUAGUCGUCUAAAAUGAUGUACUCAUAGGCUGUCAUACCCUCUUCACCCAGCAUACACCAAUACCCUCUUCAUAGGCAAAAUGGUUUAAAGAGAUCCUAUCUUGGGACGGGAACGGGAACGCGGAACGCUACUUAAGGUGAUUCUGGAACGAUGGGGAUGAUUAUCAUAAGUAGUAGUAGUAGCCUGACACCAGUACCCUCUUCGUCUAAUAAAAGUGAUGGUGUCUAGUGGUUCUCUACAAUAAGUACAUUAAUUAUAGAGAGAAAAAAAUGCCAAGCUUCCUUGGGAAAUAGCUUUGACACGUAGCCUGACAUUUAAUUCUUAUCCCUUCAACCCUAUUACCCUACCCACUAUUAGAAAAAGUAAAAUAGCCUUGUCACAUGUGACAUUUAAUCCCUCCUCUAAAGUCUGACAUAAGAAAUGUACUUCAUCUUCAACGUCGUUUCAUCUUCUGUGUUUCAUCUUCUUCGUUUUUUCUUUAUCUUCUUCGUCUGUUCUAUAAUUUUAAGUCCAUCUCUACAUUAAAAAACAACAAACUUCAAUGGCAAACACCGAAAAACAAUGACACAAAAAUUUGUCCAGUAAAACUGGGUGGGAUUUGCGAGUUGCCCACUGUAGCGAUUUGGUACGCGUUCCACAGUGUCACCAUCUCACGUUUGGGUAUGGCCGUUCGCGAUCAAAAAAGGCCCUAGUGUCCCGCGUUCCGAGUAACUAUGCCAGUACCCCACGGGUAAUCUUCCAGGAUAAAAUAUACUUUGGAAUUAAUCAUCUCUCUCAGAUCUUCAACAGUGAAGCAGUAAGGGCCAAAACAGGCAUGGCCACAGCCAAGCUGGCCGUCAUUUAGUGGGGAGAAAGGGAUCCCCUCAAAGCCUCUUAUUAUGGAGGAAGUUAUUUCAUUUAAUCACCUGACGUGUGGCCAUCCAGUCGUUAACAUCUCACAGUUUUUCGGAGGUUCAUGGGGUAAUGUUUCCUAGUGAAGAGAGAUAGAGGAAAUUCUAAAACUAUGUCAUCAGUAGUGUCCUGAUCAAAGUCUUAGCCUAAUUCCUUAAGGUCGUUUGUUGAGGGUGCCAUUGUUGAUGAUUAUAAAAGCUUUAAAGGAAAGAAGAUGAAGAUCUUGAUGUUCUUAAGAGAAAGAAGAGUAAAUUUAAGCAAAUCAAUUAGAAAGCACAGUAUGCGGAACAAAUGAGUCUAAGUGUGAGUGUUUAUAGGCAAAUGUUCGAUGGAUUUCAACAAAGAUCUGAAAGGAACAAGUUUUGAGGGAAGAUCAAAUUAAAUCGCCAAAAAAUUCAAAUUUUUGAAUAUUGGCGAACAACGAUGAGAUGUGCAUUUAAUGUAAGGUCAACUAAGUGGUAGUGAUGAUGAAAAAUAGUCGCCUAAAUGGUAACAUAUAGUUUUAUUUCUAAGGGGGGUAAAAUCAACUAUUCAAAAAUGAUUACAAAAGAAGUUUGAAAUCAACAGAACAAUUGUGAAGAUCCUAAAUUAAAAGCAUCCAAACACACCGACAUUCAGAAGGGUCCUGAUCAACAAGGGUUAAUACCAUCUUGACAUUUACACUUUAUGGAAAUUAAGUACUUAUUGAUGUAAUGAGUUUCAGUUGAAAGGUGUUCUAAAAAAUUGCCAAGUACAGACCCAUGAAUUCUGUUCUAGAAUUCAAAUGUCUGGGGGGCGAAUUGUAUGUGUCAGGAUUAACGACUCUAAUUCGGGGUUAAAAUAAUUGCUAAUAAAUCAUAAAGCAGUGAUUAACUGAUAAAUUCAGGGGCAAAAAUCAAUACAAGUAUUAUAACAAUAAUAUUCCAUUAAGUUAAGUUCCCUACUCAAAAUUACAAAAGAGAAGUUAUCGAUGUGCCGCACUACAUUUCAAUGACAUAUAUCCAACAAAAGCAUAGAUAUAUGUACUACAUCCUAUACAUCGUACCCUAUUUAGUUCUCUCCCUUUAUCUUAAUUUUAGAACUUCACAACGUAAUGAAGUAAUUUCGUACUUUGAUUCCAAUUUCUUCAAUUCAAUCUUCUUUAAUUUCUCCUCUACACAUGUCUUCAUAGUCAGCAUCUCAUCCAUCAUCUGGUCCAAAUGUGCUAUUUUUUGUUGCACAUCAGCAUCUUCAGACAAACCACAACUCUUUUCCCACAUAAAGAACGAGCAAUUUGCGUUCUGAUUAGCAAGACAAACAUUAAUUAUGGAUUAGAGUUUUUAUAACAGAAUAACACUUUUAAAUGACCAACAAGGGUAAGAAUAGAAUUAUAAAAUCGAACAUUAAAAACCCUAAUCGUAAAAAAAUAUAUACAAUCCAUUGAUUGAAAAGAACCUCUGCAUGCACUGGAACCAAACUAAUUUAAAAGUCACGGAUGCAAAAUCAAACGUUCAAAACAAUUUUUGGAAAACCAAUGAGCGUGAGACCAUAAAUAAACAAACAACAAAAUGCGAUAAAAUAAUCAGACACAAAGGCACGAAAGAAAACAUGCAAAAGUAAGACCAAAAAGGAGCAAAAGAAGUAAGUUAAAAUGUAGAACAUGAAGUAAUAAGUGAACCUCUAAGAAGCUAAUCUGAAAAGAGACGCAAAUACGAACAAACAAACAAAAAACUAAAACGAACAUGUAAAAAUGAACAAACAAACCCAAAAGAACCAUAAAAACCCUAAACGCAUUCAUAAAAACCUAGUAGAUACCCAAACAAAUGCAAAAUCAAACAUCGAUUUCUAAUCUAAGAUUAGAAAAUCAGAGCAAUGUAAACCAUAACGAAAUAUUAAAGUUUUGUGGAUGAAUUAAUUUAGAUUCUCGAGAAUAUAAGUGAAUAAUUAAAUGCUAUUUUUCUAGGUUUAAUUAAAAGUUGUGUUUUAUGGGAAAAAUAAUUUUCGUAAAUCGUGCAUAGAAACUUAAUUACAUCCUUUUUUUCCUCUUUUAAAAUUAUUAUAUUAAUAAUAGACUGCGCUUGGAGAGCUGUCUCAGGAUACAAGCUGAUAAUCAAAAUGAACAUCUCUAAUUGUAUAGAUCUUCUUGCCUUCCUCUCCCUUCUCUCUCAACCCUUUUACCCUCUUAGGUUUUUUUUACCUCUUUCCAUCGAACAACACCACCACCACCACCACCAACCUCCCUACCAUAAACCUACUUUUCUAUUUCAAGAUUAUCACCUAAAUCUCCAUUUCAUUCAUUCAUCUUUCCACCUCUCCUCUAUUCACAAAACUAGUGCUCCAGUGAUUGUCGCUAGGAUAGAUUGAUGAAGUAAACAAGUUUGCUGAGUGGUCUGAUCGGUCGAUUUUGAUGAGUUGGUUAUGCAGGUGAAUCUGGCUUAUGGCUGAUGCUGAUGAGCUGCACUGUGAGGAAAUAGAAUCAUUCUCUAGAAUUGAAAUAUUAUACCUGAUAGCGUAGGUACCAGGUUGACACAUUUGCCAUGCACAAGCCAAAGAAAAGAAAUCUUCAAUCAACCCAGAAAAUCGAUUGUUUAGAAUAUGUAAAUGAUUGUCUGCCUGCAUUAGUGAUACCUGUUGGUCCUCGAUUCCAAGCUGUUGUGCCAGAAUGGAUGGGAGCGUCUAAGGAAACGUAUGAAAAUGGUGAUUUAAAUACUUCAAAGUGGUUAGGUGCCAAAGUUUGGCCACUUAAAGAUGACAGUGAAGAUCAAGGGCUAAAAAUUGGAAAGGGAAGGCCUGGUUUAUGCACUUGCUCAACUCGUGGAUCUCCAUAUUGUGUAAAACUACACAUUUCGGAAGCAAGAGCCAAGUUACAAUCUGAACUCGGUCCUGCAUUUAAUAAAUGGAAAUUUAAUGAGAUGGGUGCAGAUGUUGGAAAGUCCUGGAGUUCAAAGCAGAAAAAACGAUUUGAUGAACUUGUCAAGGCAAAUCCAUUGUCACAGAAUAAGAGUUUUCUGCAACCAGCGGAGUCAUCCUUCCUAUCGAAGACUAGGAAAGAUAUCGUCAGUUAUUAUCUUAACGUGUAUGUUCCUAAACGUAUUAAUAUGUUAACUCGGUCUGGAUGUAAAGUGCUUGAUAGUGAUGAUGAUGAAGUCGAGGAAGCGUUAAAUGCCAAGAAUUCUCGGAAAAGAUCUCGAUCCAAUAGCGAUGAUAGUACAAAGGUUGCCAAGUCCCACUACUUGACUGGCAGAAGAUAAAUACACUAUACCCAACUGGUAUCUUUCUGAACUACUCUUUUCAAGUUCCCUUUAAGUUCAGAAGAUUCAUUUUGUUCUUUUAUACUUUGCCUGUAAUUUUUGCACUUUACUGUGCCAAAGUAUCAAAUCUAGGUAUAGAAAUAUGUAGGCCUGUACUUUCCCGUUAUACAUCUUGACGGGAUUUUCUUUAAGCUAGCUUGAUUGAAUGUUUAGAGGCCAUGUAACAAGGAAGAUCGUAUAACUGCGUGAAUUUAGUCCCAUUAUUCUUUCUGAUCAUGUUGUGCUUAAAUGAGAGUAAGAAAAAAUUUUCAUAUAUGCCCCCAUUCUAGUCUCUAGAUCUAUGUUUUCACUAUGUCUUAAGUUCCCAACCUUGGGGUUCAGCCUUGUUUGCUGACGAUUAAGGACAAUUUUCGUCUAGUAUAUCAAGUAGAAUAUUUUAGCAUCAACUAUGGGAGGGUUUGUGUUUAAUCCAUGCUUCUUUCUCAAAGGAAUCUUGUGUGAAGGGACGUGAUAGUCUAUAGCAUGUCAUAGAGCUUCAAUUAUCAUGUUUAGCUUUUAGUUGAAUUGAUUGCUUAAUAGACUUCUUUUGGCUCCUUGAUUUUCAUAUCGAAGCUCUUAUGUAAAGAGCUGUGAUCCUGAAAGAGAAUGCUGAUCUUCCGUUCUUGUUUGUACCUCUAUUUGUUACCCUGACAGCUAGACAACUUGUGUAUAAUGUUGAUAAAUGAAAAUGUUUUAAGGUGAUGUUAGAUGUAUUAUACAAGUAAUAACAAAAAAUGUAUAUUUAAAAAGAUGAGAAUUUAACUUGGAUUUUGGAUCACUAAAUAUCUUUCAAAUGUUACAACUUAGAUCUUGACGGGAUAUUCAACAUUAGAAGAGAUUUAACACUAAUUUGAAUGUCAUUUGAAGCCGUUUUAUAAACUUAUUAAUUCAUAAUGUAGUUAUGAAUUAUAAGUUUGUAAGCUAAAUUUUGAAAUAACACUUAAAGUUGAGCAACAAUCUAAAAUAAAUAAAUAAAAUAAAAAUGGAGAACGAUAAUUCUAGUAUUUCAUGAUGAUUGUUAAGUAGGGAGAAUAUAAGGAGAAGAGUAGUAUAAGAGAUUGAUAAUAGAUUGGUAAAGUCGUAUAUUUCAGUGUAUAUUGCAAUGCAACAUGAAGACAUAUUUUUAUAGUACAAUAUGGUUACUAUUCAUGCACUAUUACAUUACCAUUUGCUACUGUUCAUAGGGAUAAUGUUUGCACAUUUCUAUGCAUUCAUCUCUUCUAACAUUCUACGUAUUACAUAGAUAUGAAAAA